ACUUUGCUCCCUCGGUGCGGCGCGGGGACUCGCCCGGAGACCGCCGUGAUUGAAGGGACUGCGCAGGAAGCGCUUCGCAGCCCCGCGUAGGCUCUGCGGUUUCUCUUGGAAGCUUUUUAAUCGUCGGAAACAUGUCGACGGGAGAAAGUUUUGAGUCUCGGUUUGAAAAAAUCGACGGGACUUUAAAGGAUCCCAAAUCCGAAGUGAACGUGGACUGUUUGCUGGAUGGAUUAGAUGCUUUGGUGUAUGACUUGGAUUUUCCUGCCUUGCGAAAAAACAAAAACAUUGAUAACUUCUUAAACAGGUAUAAAGACACAGUAAAUAAAAUGAGGGAUCUGCGGAUGAAAGCUGAAGAUUAUGAAGUGGUGAAGGUCAUUGGCAGAGGGGCAUUUGGGGAAGUUCAGCUGGUAAGGCAUAAAUCAUCAAGAAGAGUGUAUGCUAUGAAACUUCUGAGCAAAUUUGAGAUGAUAAAAAGAUCAGAUUCUGCGUUCUUCUGGGAAGAAAGGGAUAUUAUGGCUUUUGCUAAUAGUCCCUGGGUUGUUCAGUUAUUUUAUGCAUUCCAAGAUGAUCGUUACCUUUACAUGGUCAUGGAAUACAUGCCUGGUGGAGACCUUGUGAAUUUAAUGAGUAACUAUGAUGUUCCUGAGAAAUGGGCAAGAUUUUAUACUGCUGAAGUUGUUCUUGCAUUAGAUGCAAUUCACUCAAUGGGCUUUAUACACAGAGAUGUGAAGCCUGAUAAUAUGCUGCUAGAUAAAGCUGGUCAUUUAAAACUAGCGGAUUUUGGUACUUGUAUGAAAAUGAACAAGGAAGGUAUGGUACGAUGUGAUACAGCUGUAGGAACACCAGACUAUAUCUCUCCUGAAGUAUUGAAGUCCCAGGGUGGUGAUGGUUAUUAUGGACGAGAAUGUGACUGGUGGUCAGUUGGAGUUUUUUUGUAUGAGAUGCUUGUAGGUGACACACCUUUUUAUGCAGAUUCUUUGGUUGGAACAUACAGUAAGAUUAUGAACCACAAGAACUCCCUUACCUUCCCUGAUGACAAUGAGAUCUCUAAAGAGGCAAAAAACCUUAUUUGUGCCUUUUUAACUGAUAGGGAAGUGAGACUGGGACGAAAUGGCGUAGAAGAGAUUAAACGGCAUCUUUUCUUCAAAGAUGAUCAGUGGGCUUGGGAGACUCUCAGGGACACUGUAGCACCAGUUGUGCCCGACUUAAGUAGUGACAUAGACACUAGUAAUUUUGAUGAUAUUGAUGAAGACAAAGGAGAGGAAGAAACAUUUCCCAUUCCAAAAGCGUUUGUGGGCAACCAGCUUCCUUUUGUUGGAUUUACGUAUUACAGCAACCGUCGGUAUUUAUCUGUCUCUGCAGAAAAUUCCAAUGAUAACAGAACAGGCUCCAGUAUGGAUAAAAGUGUGAUGGAAAAUAUGCAGAAGAUGAUCUAUGAUUUGGAAGAGCAGCUACAUAAUGAAAUGCAGCUGAAAGAUGAAAUGGAGCAAAAGUGCAGGUCUUCAAACAUAACGCUAGACAAGAUAAUGAAAGAACUGGAUGAAGAGGGAAAUCAAAGAAAGAACCUAGAAUUAACAGUGUCCCAGAUUGAGAAAGAAAAGAUGGCACUGCAGCAUAAGAUAAACGACUAUCAAAGAAAAAUUGAACAAGAGAGUGAAAAGAGACGGAAUGUGGAAAAUGAAGUUUCUACGCUAAAAGAUCAAAUGGAAGACUUGAAAAAAAUCAGCCAGCAUUCACAAAUUACAAAUGAGAAGAUAACACAGUUACAAAAACAACUAGAAGAAGCCAAUGAUUUGCUACGGACAGAAUCGGAAACAGCAGUAAGACUGAGAAAGGGUAACACAGAAAUGAGCAAGUCAUUAAGUCAAGUAGAAUCACUGAAUAGAGAACUGCAGGAAAGGUGCAGAGUUCUAGAAAGCGCAAAACUGCAGGUGGAGAAAGAUUAUUAUCAACUGCAAGCAGCUUUGGAAUCAGAACGAAGGGACAGAAGUCAUGGAUCUGAAAUGAUUGGAGAACUACAGGUUCGGAUUACAACUUUACAAGAAGAACUGAAAAACCUUAAAAAUAAUCUUGAAAGAGUGGAAGCAGAAAGAAAACAAGCUCAAGAUAGGCUUAAUCAUUCAGAAAAGGAAAAGAAUAAUUUGGAGAUAGAUUUGAACUACAAACUCAAGUCUUUACAAGACCGCUUAGAACAGGAAGUAAAUGAACACAAAGUGACUAAAGCUCGAUUAACUGACAAACAUCAGUCAAUAGAGGAGGCAAAAUCAGUUGCAAUGUGCGAAAUGGAAAAAAAAGUAAAGGAAGAAAGAGCGGCAAGAGAAAAGGCAGAGAAUCGAAUAGUUCAGGCUGAAAAACAGUGUUCCAUGCUAGAUUUCGACCUGAAGCAGUCUCAGCAGAAACUGGAACACCUUCUUCAGCAAAAGGAAAGACUGGAGGAUGAAGUAAAGAAUCUGUCACUUCAGCUAGAGCAAGAGACAAAUAAGCGAAUAAUGGCACAGAAUGAAUUAAAGGCGCAAGCUUUUGAAGCAGAUAACUUGAAGGGUUCUGAGAAGCAACUGAAACAAGAAAUCAAUACGUUAUUGGAAGCAAAAAGGUUACUGGAAGUUGAGUUGGCUCAACUUGCUAAACAGUACAGAGGAAAUGAAGGUCAAAUGCGUGAGCUUCAGGAUCAGCUUGAAGCAGAGCAGUAUUUUUCGACACUUUACAAAACUCAGGUUAAGGAACUGAAGGAAGAAAUUGAUGAAAAGAAUAAAGAAACUCAAAGAAAAAUGCAGGAAUUGCAAAAUGAGAAAGAAACACUCACUACACAGCUGGAUUUAGCUGAAACCAAAGCUGAGUCGGAACAGUUGGCACGGGCACUUCUUGAAGAGCAGUAUUUUGAAUUGAGUCAGGAGAGCAAAAAAGCAGCAUCACGACAUAGGCAAGAAAUGACAGAUAAGGACAGCAUCAUAAGAAGGCUGGAAGAAACUAACAGCACGUUAACCAAAGAUGUUGAUCUAAUAACAAAAGAAAAUUCAGAGAUCAGUGAAAAAAUGAAGAAACAGGAGGAAGAAUAUAAGCUGAAAAAAGAGGAAGAAAUUAACAAUAUUAGAAUGCAAUAUGAGAAGAGUAUCAACAAUGAGAGAACUCUGAAGACACAGGCUGUCAACAAACUGGCUGAGAUCAUGAAUAGAAAAGAUUUUAAAAUAGAUAGAAAGAAAGCAAGCAUGCAAGAUUUGAGGAAGAAAGACAAGGAAAACCGAAAGCUACAACUGGAGCUUAAUCAAGAAAAAGAGAAAUUCAAUCAGAUGGUAGUGAAAUACCAGAAGGAGCUUAAUGAAAUGCAAGCGCAACUAGCAGAAGAAUCAACAUAUAGGAAUGAGCUACAGAUGCAGCUGGAUAGUAAAGAGAGUGACAUAGAACAACUACGAAGGAAAAUUUUGGAUCUCCAGCAAGGAAUGGAUUCCACCAGCGUUUCUAGUCUACAGCCAGAUGAAAUUGAUGGAAAUCUUUCAGAAUCAAGGCUUGAAGGUUGGCUUUCAAUACCAAACAAGGGAAAUAUAAAGCGGCACGGUUGGAAGAAACAGUACGUUGUGGUGAGCAGUAAAAAGAUACUGUUCUAUAAUGAUGAAAAGGACAAGGACCAGUCUAAUCCAUCCAUGGUACUAGACAUAGAUAAGCUGUUCCAUGUCCGACCUGUAACUCAAGGAGAUGUAUAUAGAGCAGAAACUGAAGAAAUUCCUAAAAUAUUCCAGAUUUUGUAUGCUAAUGAGGGGGAAUGCAGGAAGGAUGUGGAGGUAGAGUCAGUCCAGCCUGCAGAGAAGACAAACUUCCUAAAUCAUAAAGGCCAUGAAUUUAUUCCAACAAUAUACCACUUUCCAGCCAACUGCGAGGCCUGUGCCAAACCUCUUUGGCAUGUCUUCAAGCCCCCGGCUGCCCUGGAAUGUCGAAGAUGCCAUGUGAAGUGCCAUAGAGACCACUUGGAUAAAAAGGAGGAGUUAAUUGCACCAUGCAAAGUGAGUUACGACGUAACUUCAGCAAGAGAUAUGUUGUUGCUGGCAUCCUGUCAAGAUGAACAGAAGAAAUGGGUAACUCAUUUAGUAAAGAAGAUCCCUAAGAACCCGCCUUCUACUUUUGUUCGUGCUUCUCCUAGAACUAUGUCUACAAGAUCCUCAGCAAACCAGUCAUUCCGAAAAGCUGUUAAAAAUACUUCUGGAAAAACGAGCUAACCACGUGUACAGUGCUUAAUGGAACCUCAUGGGAUGCGGUCUGAAAAACAGCUUUUUAACCACACAAAGCAGUGCAGACGGGCUGUUGUUCCUUCCAACAUAACUAUCACAGGCUUCAGGGUUAAGAUUGCUAUUACUGUCUCCUCCUUGCUUUGGCACAAAAGCACACUGAGGGUGUUUAAUUGCGGGUUUGCCUAAAGGUAGAUUAGAUUAAUUAUUACUGUGUAAUGCAAGUUAAAGCAAAUAAAGCUUAGCUAGGUGUAUAAAAAAAGGUGCUGCCUUUUUUGGAUAUAAAAAGAAAAAAAAGCCUGUAAAUCACGAUGAAAUGCAGCCAACUUUCUUCAUAUCAGUGAAAGAAGAGGACUGUUUACCCUCGGAAAGGGAUAUUUAUGUCAAGAUGAGCAUAUGAAACUGAGUAGAGGAGGAAGGUUUCUCAAUGAGAAGGACUGCAAUUGCUUUCAGGACUCAACAGUUGUGCUCUUGAAGACUGCAGAACUAGCUUACAAAUGAAGCCUUAUCACUUGAACUUCAGUGCCUUCACUGCAGAGUUCUAAACAGCCUUAAUGCUAAUCACCCACUUUGGAACGGAUCCAAGUGUUAAAUAUCUUACCUUAUGCUUUUCAGAAUACUGAUUCAGCAGGUUUGUAAAGGGGGAGAAAGCCAAGUAAUUGCCUUUAAUCUAUGCAUUUUUGCCAAGCCAUACUGAAUUAUUUUACUAUUAGAGGCAUUAGAAACUAACAGGAAAAAGAACCGAGUUUGGAAGCAUAUUUUGGGGUACAUCAUUUCUGUAACUGAAUACUGUACUGCUUUACAAAUUCAAGAGAUAACAUACAUUAAGUUAACAAACAUGUAUGCACUGUUUGAAAUGUAAAUUAUUCUUAGAACACUUUUACUGGGUUUUACGUUGUCGUUUUAGUGCCUUGAUUUGAGUUAAUUGUAUGAUUGCCAUGUCAAUAAAUGUAGAAAUAUAAAAAAUAACAAAGGAAACCUCUAAACAAACCUAUUGUGUUAUCAGUGGUUUUUACUGAACUUGGAUUGGUUGAAGUAUUGUAGAUGCUAGAUGCAUUUUCUAAAUUAAAGACCAUCUUUGAAUGGGAAUUCCUCUUACAAAGAAAGACUGGUUCUAGUUUAUAAGGCAAGAAAUGUGCAGGCAAUGGGGAAAAAAAAUAAAGAGCAUAUAACAUAAAAGCUUCAGGUAAUUCAGGAAUGUCAGUAAAUGCUGUCAGCCUCUUGCUUUGUAGCAGGAAUGCAUUCAUGGUUAUAUGGGCAGUAUGGUUUUAUUUUAUAUUAUUUCUUAACCGAAUACCUCCUCAGUAAUUUAUAAUGGCUUUGCAGUUGUGUAUUAAAUAAGAAGCACUGGAAAACUGAUUCGUCCUUAGGACGAUUUGCAUGUUUCAAGUGGUAUUGAAAGCCGCACUGAUGGAUAUGUAAUAAUAAACAUAUCUGUUAUUAAUAUGGUAAUGACUCUGUGCUCAUUUAAUGAGAAAUAAAGUAAUUUAUGGAAGGACUCUUCUGAAAA